UGCAAUGGUGUAAUCUCAGUUCACUACAAUCUCCACUUCAGCGGGAGAGCAGGAACCUUCAGUGAUCCACUAGCGGAUCUGCAGCCACUGUGGGCGCUUGUUCUUCCUGCGACCUUUGUGCGGGAGUCUCUCCUUCCACUACCUAUUGCGAACCCACCCCCCACGUCCGCCUCGCGCCAUUGCCAGCAGGUAUCUUGCAGAGGUACCUUGCCGCGCUAAUCCGUUAAGGUCACUCUGUCACUCGCGGCAUUCUGUGCACGCCACCCACUCCCUCAGGUUUAAAAGAUGCGUUGCCUGGCAACCAGCAGGUGCCUUUCCCGCCGGAAUCUUGCCAGGCUAAUCCGUUAAGGUCGCUCUAUUACUCGCGGCGUUCUGUGCACGCGCACCCACUCCCUCAGGUUUAAAAGGCGCGUUGCCCGGCAACAGAAGAACUGCUCGCUUAGCCUUCGGCCGAGUUGGCAGCUCGACGAGGACCUCAGAGCCCAGCUCUCGAGAGUUCAAGCGUUGGACGGUUCCCCACUGCCCCCAGGAGCGGUUACCUGGGCACUCUGUGCCCCUUAUUCCUGUCCCGGCCUGCGGCUGAGGACCUGCCAGUAGGGCUCAGUUGCCUGGAGCCCGUUCAGCCCAUCCCCCAGUUCACUUUGCUUGUGGGAUCUCCCCGUUGCUCCUGUCGCUGGACGGAGUGGCAGGCCAUCCUACAAGCACCCGGACACUUGGCAUCAGUGGUGUCAAGACAACUCCAAGAAGGUUUUCCGUGAUCCUUCAAGCCCUGUGUUCCUUCCUGGUGAUCCUGCCUUCAAUUUGAUUGUACAGGUACCACAGCAAGCCAGUGCUGUGUGCUCCAAAUUCCAGGGCGUCCUGCAGCUCAGCCCCUGCACUGAGCACAAGGAAUCUCUGUGGGGCCAGGAGCAGGGAGUCACCCCUUUGGGGCCCACAACACCUGGCUGUCCCCAGACUCGUGUCCAGGGAAGAUCGUGUUGAGGGGACCUCAAGGAGAGCGGGGCAGGGAUGCCUGAGCAGGACAAGGACCCCAGAGUCCAAGAGAAUCCUGAUGAUCAGAGAAGGGUCCCCAUGGUCACCGGGGAUGCACGGUCUGCAUUUCAGCCCCUGCGGGACAAUGGAGGCCUCUCUCCCUUUGUGCCCAGGCCUGGGCCACUGCAGAGAGACCUCCAUGCCCAGAGGUCAGAAGUCAGAUAUAAGCAGACAUCCCAGACCUCCUGGACGAGCUCGUGCACCAAACAAAAUGCCAUCUCGGGCUCCUACAGCUCCACGGGAGGCUUCCCGUGGCUAAAGCGGAGGAGGAUGGGGGAGCCAGCCUCAUCCCACUGUCAGCUGACCCUCAGUUCCUCAAAGACAGUGAGUGAGGCCAGGCCUCAGGCUGUCCCUUCAGGUCACACCCAGCGUGAAAAGGCAGCGGAUACAACACCAGGGCAGACACUCACCCCCAGGACUGGCUCCCCCAGAUCCCAGGCCUCUAGGCCCCGCAGACGCAAGUUUCCCCUGCUGCCACGCAGGCGAGGGGAGCCUCUGAUGCUAUCCCAGGCCUCUAGGCCCCGCAGACGCAAGUUUCCCCUGCUGCCACGCAGGCGAGGGGAGCCUCUGAUGCUGCCACCUCCCUUACAGCUGGGGUUCCGGGUCACUGCUGAAGACCUGGACCUGGAGAAGGAGGCGGCGUUCCAGUGCAUCAACAGUGUACUGCGGGGUGAGGCCAAGGCCAUCUGGGACUGCAGACCCUCACGGCCUUCCCACACUUUGUCCUCACUUGCAACAGGGACUUGUGGUCUGUUUGCUGUUUCUAAAGCACCCAGGAUGGAUGCACAGCAGGAGAGAGACAAGUCCCAAGACCCCCGGGGCCCAGUGGCUCCCCUAGCAUCUGUUGCAGAGGCUCCCUCUACAGCUCCUGUGUCUGGGAAGAAGCACAGACCACCAGGCCCCCUGUUCUCCUUCUCAGAUCCCCUUCCUGCCACUUCUUCCCACUCCCAGGACUCAGCCCAGGUCACCUCGCUGAUUCCUGCCCCAUUGCCAGCUGCAAGCAUGGAUGGGGGCAUGAGAAGAGCAAGGCCUGGCACUUCUGCUCCUGCAGCUGCUGCAGCGGCCCCUCCCCCCUCCACAUUGACCCCCACGUCGGGGUCCCUACUGAGUGGAGUGGAUGGCGGCCCUUCACAUUUCCGGGCCUCAACCACAGCUGCAGCAGGUGCCCAGAGGUCAGAAGUCAGAUAUAACCAGAGAUCCCAGACCUCCUGCAUGAGCUCGUGUCCCAAACGAAAUGCCAUCUCGAGCUCCUACAGCUCCACGGGAGGCUUCCCGUGGCUAAAGCGGAGGAGGACGGAGGGGCCAGCCUCAUCCCACUGCCAGCUGACCCUCAGUUCCUCAAAGACAGUGAGUGAGGCCAGGCCUCAGGCUGCCUCUUCGGGUCACACCCAGUGUGAAAAGGUGGCAGAUACAGCACCAGGGCAGACAUUCGCCCCGAGGACUGGCUCCCCCAGAUCCCAGGCCUCUAGGCCCCGCAGACGCAAGUUUCCCCUGCUGCCACGCAGGCGAGGGGAGCCUCUGAUGCUGCCACCUCCCUUACAGCUGGGGUUCCGGGUCACUGCUGAAGACCUGGACCUGGAGAAGGAGGCGGCGUUCCAGUGCAUCAACAGUGUACUGCGGGGUGAGGCCAAGGCCAUCUGGGACUGCAGACCCUCACGGCCUUCCCACACUUUGUCUUCACUUGCAACAGGGACUUGUGGUCUGCCUGCUGUUUCUAAAGCACCCAAUAUGGAUGCACAGCAGGAGAGACACAAGUCCCAAGACUCCCGGGCCAGUGCCCCCCUAGCAUCUGCUGCAGAGGCUCCCUCUACAGCUCCUGUGUCUGGAAAGAAACACAGACCACCAGGCCCCCUGUUCUUCUCGGAUCCCCUUCCUGCCACCUCUUCCAACUCCCAGGACUCAGCCCAGGUCACCUCGCUGAUUCCUGCCCCCUUGCCAGCUGCAAGCAUGGAGGGCAGCAUGAGAAGCCCAAGGCCUGGCACUUCUGGAGCCAGUUCCAGCUCAGCAGCCACACCCACGGGCUUUGGGAGCAGAGAGGCAGCCCCAGCUCUGAGUUCCCUCAGAAGAAAACAGAGUCAGAACAGCCUCUCCCCAGUGGGGAUCGUCUUUCUCUGCCAAAGCAACAGUGGUCCCUGCCCCAACCAGACUGCCCCACUCCAUGGAGUUACGGCUGCUGCUCCAGCGUCCUAACGCUGCCCAGCUGGCACUGCCUGUGCUCACCCACACCCCCCAGGCCGGCCUUCCCUGCAGCCUGGGCUUAGCCACCUUGGCCUGAUUGAGCAUUGAGGCCUCCUGGGCACCCAGCCCCAUCACUGCACCUGCUGCUUCCAGCCCCACCCCACCGGCUCAGGGGUUCUUCCCAGCGGCGCUGAUCAUGAAAUCAACAUGCACGCAAGUCGUCUCAGGGAACUUUAUUGAAAGUGUUGGCAGUUCUUUCCCACACGGUGGUGCAUAGGUGGCUGAGCUCAGAUUGCAGCUGCUAAGACACCAGCCACUUACCGAGAGAAAGCCAGGCUGCUUCAAACCCAGGGCCUGAAGCAAAAAA